AUACAUUUCAGCAUACGGAUGUCUCGACUACAAACGGCUUGCGUCAAGCGCGCCCCCUGGAGCAACAAUCCGGCGCUCUCUUUUUACCCACAGUUCUAUGCGCUGGAGGUGUUCUGUGACUAAGAUGGCGGACUCCUCGGUCGAAAUCAUUGAAGGCUGUCGUCUUCCCGUGCUGCGAAAAAAUCAAGAAAAUGAAGACGAGUGGCCGUUGGCUGAAAUUCUCAGUGUCAAAGACAUUCCUGGGAGAAAGCUCUACUAUGUCCACUACAUUGACUUUAAUAAGCGAUUGGAUGAAUGGGUGACUCCAGACCGGCUGGACUUGAAAAAGCUCCAGUUUCCCAAAAAGGAGGCAAAGACCCCUACGAAGAACGGCCUGCCAGGGUCUCGCCCCAGCUCCCCAGAGAGAGAUGUGAGGAAGAGUCUAGAUCUCAACGUUCAGUCUGCUUCAGCUCCAUCAAGAGGCAAAACCCUCCCCACACCGAAGAGAAAAGCAGAAUCUGUGUCUUUGGCAACACAAGUUACUGCAGCAACUCCAGUGCCUUCACUUCCUAGUUCUGCAGAAGCAAGUCAGGCCUCGGUCUAUCCAGCCAUGAGGGACACUUCCUUCAGCAUUAAAUCCAGAGAAGAACAUGAACCACUCGCCUCUCUCACCACGAAUGGCACAGCACGUCGACUUAUUCCUUCGCAGCCAGGGAGAAAAAGGAAAAAUUGCGGAGGGACUGAUGAGAUGGUAAAGGUGUUCCAGAAUAACAACCCUCGCUGCUCCACCGUCUAUUUGCCGCCAGGAGAGGAUUCCCAGGACAGUUCUGAUGGUAUCCCCUCUGCCCCUCGCAUGACUGGUAGUUUGGUGUCGGACCGCAGUCACGAUGACAUCGUCACGCGAAUGAAGAACAUAGACUGUAUUGAGCUGGGCCGCCACAGGCUAAAGCCGUGGUACUUUUCUCCAUACCCACAGGAGCUCACCACCCUCCCCAUCCUCUACCUUUGUGAAUUUUGUCUUAAGUACCUCAAGAGCCUCAAGUGUCUCCAGAGGCAUCUGACAAAAUGCAACCUUCGACACCCGCCAGGAAAUGAGAUCUAUCGCAAAGGAACUAUAUCCUUUUUUGAAAUAGAUGGCAGGAAAAACAAGACAUAUUCCCAAAAUUUGUGUUUACUGGCCAAAUGCUUCCUGGACCACAAGACCCUGUACUAUGACACAGAUCCUUUCCUCUUCUAUGUUAUGACAGAGUAUGACUCAAAGGGAUUCCACAUAGUCGGCUACUUCUCCAAGGAAAAGGAAUCAACAGAAGACUAUAAUGUGGCCUGCAUUUUGACUUUACCACCGUACCAGAGAAGAGGCUAUGGCAAACUACUAAUUGAGUUUAGUUAUGAGCUCUCAAAAGUGGAAGGAAAAACAGGUACUCCAGAGAAGCCUCUGUCUGAUCUGGGUCUGCUCUCCUAUCGCUCUUACUGGUCUCAAACAAUUCUGGAGAUCCUCAUGAACCUCAAAUCAGAGAAUGGAGAACGGCCACAGAUCACCAUCAAUGAAAUCAGUGAGAUUACCAGUGUCAAGAAAGAGGAUGUGAUAUCAACUCUUCAAUACCUCAACCUCAUCAAUUAUUAUAAGGGUCAGUAUAUCCUCACCCUAUCAGAGGACAUAGUGGAAGGCCACGAGCGGGCCAUGCAGAAGCGUCACCUCCGUAUUGACCCCAAAUGUUUGCAUUUCACUCCUAAAGACUGGAGCAAGAGGGGCAAGUGGUAAAGACAAUGAUGACUGCUAGCAUCCAGCUAACAUGCCACAUCCCGCUCAAGGAAUUCAAAUCAAGAGACUGUAUUUGUUCCACAAACAGACUUGACUUGAAAAACAAAAACAGUGUAAUGUUGUUAAAGAUUCCACUGUCCACAUCUGCAUGUUAUGUGACCUAGUUUUACAAAUUUCAUAUUCUGUGAAAUUCAUGUUAGUCUGUUAAUUGGCUGUAUGUGAGAAUGGAAGAAUGUGUUUUUAAUGUACUUUUCUCCCACCAUUUCAAAAGAUUCCUAUAUUUAUGGUCCAUGCCAUGUUUUAUUACUUUGACCAACAACAGUAUUCUGCACACAAUUAUCAGCGCUCUGGAGACAUGACCUUAUUCGUUUUCAUUGGUGAGCUGUUUACUUCUGGCGAUUCAAACCGUUGGUACAAAAUGUAGGUGUACCCAGCUAUGCGACAAAGUUAAAAGAAACUUUAUGUAAAUAAGCAGUGGUUUUCAGGAGCAACUACAUGGCAGUGAAGUCAGUGCACAUGUGAUCAUCACAUGCCAGAUACUGUAAUGUGUGUCAAGACAGAGAAGUUAAUCAUAUCAGUUGGCUUAUGUAGUUGUUUAAAUAAAGCUUUAAUGUUAAAUCAAGGCUACACAGCACAUACAGACAUACUCGCCUCGCAGGCUACCAGCCUGAAUGAUCUCUUGGAUCCGGAUAGCCCUCGACUUGCAAUGGCAAAGGGCACAUGUUGUUUUUUAGAUUAUGAUUAGAUUUUAAAUAUUAUUUUCCUCCGGAAAGUCUUUUAGGAGAAAGAAAACUGAUUUGAUUUCAACAACAUGGAAAUCUGUUAAAGCCUUAAAUGUUAUUGGGCAAUCAAUAGUGGAAAUGCCCACUAGUGACCUACUAUAAUUGUCAGCCAGUGUCACUUGUAGUAAUGGUUAUGAAUGGCAUUCACAGAUGUUGUUGACAUGGAAUUAGUUUUCUUUCCCCUAAAGAAAAACCAUUCUGGAGGGAAAGGGUUAUUUGGAUGGAUUCUGUGCAUAAAUAAUAUAAAAUAUAAAAAAGAUAAACAAUUUGCACCCUUUGCCAUUGCCGCUAUGACUAUGCGGCCAAAACAAGCACAGAGCCAUUUCUGAUACACCUGGCAAUAUAUAUUUUUUUAAAUUAAACAUAUGCAGUAGUUUAACUUCUUUGUUUUGCUGACAAAUGAAAGUCGCUGUUUGUUUGCAUAAAGUUAAACUUUACUCAGCUUUGCUUAGCUGUGCAUGCCUACAUCAACGCUGGAAGUCGGCAGCUCUCCAUUGAAAAUGAAUCCAAUCAUGUCGCUUUAUUGCAUGUCGCUGGUGGAGUGAACAGGGCUUAAAUGGGGCGUUACAGUGUCAUUGUGUCUGUACAUAAUAUACUACACUUAAAAUAAAUGUCUUUUUUAUACUGGUAUUAUAUGUGUCUAGGGUCAAAUGCACAUGGAUGUCUUUGAAUACCUGCACAUUUAUUACUUUUUUUUUUUUUUUUUUUUUUUUUUUUUUUUCUGAAUGUAAA